GUGCUAAUCGCAUUAAGUGGAACCCACUCCAUCGUAUCAGAUAUCAGCCUCUGUCUGCCUGUGGUUUCGCUCCGGUCCUUCAUGAGCUGAAACAAGCCCCGGCCAUCUGAUCAAAUCUAAUCCUAAUUCUGGCUAUCUCACACCCACUCAACCUCUCCCCGUUACUAGUGCUUGUUGGUUAUCGCCGCGGGGGUAAACAGUCGGCAAACCAUCCCAAUUCUUCUCCGAAGAGGGUCCCUUGAAAGACGGUUCUCCAUCCCAUGACCGAGAAAUAACCUCCGAUUUUGUGGGGAGUGUGGACUUGUAUGAAGGCCCACACACGGCGCUCUGGCGUCUUGGUACUACGUUCUCUCGUCGCCGCCACGGUCUGACCAUGACCCCAAAGUCUCCCACAACACUUACGUUCACCUCUUCCGAAAUGGUCUCUCAGGCCCAGAUCUUGGACCGCUCCCUUCUCACACAGAGCGCGACAUCUUCCGUAUCGCGUCACUCUGGCCGGCGACAUCGCUCGAGCCGCUCCCACCACGGUGGGCUUAUUCACCAACCUCAGAAUGAUUUCCCCAUUUUCACCCACACCGGCGAUGUCGAGAUUGUUAUCCGCGCAAGUGGGCAAGAGAGGCGGUACCUAUUACAUCGGUUGAUUUUGGCACAAUGUUCAGGCUUCUUUGACACGAGCACUCGCGAUGAAUGGUCGCGACAGGCUGUUACAUCGAGGCCGCCCAUUCCGGAUCCUGCGGUGCUAUCCCGAAUCAGCGAAGAUAAUUCGUCUUUGUCGAACGGUUCCACUCUGGCUCAGUCGGAGACGGGGGCGGUGUUUUCUCCAGAGAAGAGGCGAUGGAGAUUUGAGCUAGACUGGGAAAACAAGGCGGAAGACGAGGAACCAAUCCUAGUUCAGAAGCCCCCAAGCUUCUCUAGCACUUUUGGAAACAACCUGGGACAGUAUCCCCCGUCGGUGACGAAACCAUCAGGUACGCAAGCAGGUUUCGUCCGUUCAAUGGCAAACCUGGCCGGAAUGCAAUCCGUUAUGAACAUACCGCAUACCGAUGCGGGAAACGCACCAAUGGAUCCGACGAUUCGCGACUACGAUAAUCUUUUCCGCUUGUUCUAUAACCAUCCCCCGGCGCUAAACAGCGUCAACAUUGCGACUGCCUACGCCGAAUGCAGAUCUCUUCUUGCGCUAGCCGACAUGUACGAUGCCCUUCCCGUAACGGGACCGCGAGUUGAUCACCACCUCCUCGGAUUUGGGUCCCGGCUCUUCAAGCAAAUCGCGAAAUACCCCCCGAGCUACCUCAAGCUGGGUUAUCUUGCGCGCAGUCGCGUCAUCUACUCCGAAGCCCUAAUCCAUGUUGUCGGGCAAUGGCCUGCGGGACUACCGCACCUGCGCAAUGGUGCAUACUCUCCGCUCCCGGAUACUGUGCUAGAUAUUAUCGAGGAUAAGGUCGAGGAUUUAGAAUAUAUGAAGUCGCGCAUUGACUCCAAACUUCUGCGACUCACGCUCACUACCUCCCGCGGCGAACGUGUGACGCCCACCAACGCAUACCUCGAUUGGCUUGUCGUCUCCCUCUUCCGGCAAUGGCUUGUCGACAGCACCACGCCCCCUCCAGCUCCAAUUUUGAAGAAUUCUUCCUCGAGCGCCCCGACCACAAGCAGCCAUAGCCGUCCCUCACAGCCCACUGCCCACCGGGGUCAGGAUCAUCACUCGGCCGCUUCGAAAGCCGCUACCGCCGCUCCUCUAUCCUCCGCACGGGUAUACCGCCAGAUUGGCUCGGCCUCUACUCAGGCUUAUCUGCCUCAUGAUGAACUCAAGAAGUUCCUCAAAGUACAUCCAACCCCUUCAUCAGACUCUCUAUACUCCCGUGAUGUUUUCAAACGAUUUGAGCGUAAGAUGGACGAACUUAAACGACUAGCUCGCGAAAUCGUACGGCCAUUAAUGAGGAACUUCCUCGAGCUAGACCUCAAAGGCGGCGAACUGGACACCAGUUCCGGUGGCCUUCCCUAUUUGACCUGCAUCAAAAUCGAAGAUGAAGAUAUUCCGUGGGAUUAAACGAUUAUGAUACCUCCAAAAGAUCUACGAUAUGGCUUUUUCUUUUAUACUUUUGAUACCCUUUACCUAUUUCACGUCACCCCUCCCCUUAUAUUUUGGUUUGAGAUAUUGAUUCUAGAUGUUUUCUGGUGCUGACGACAUGAUGUUUUUAACGUAACGUGUUACGAAGUUAUGACCCUGUCAUUUAGGUAGCGUCUUGCACUCAACUGUGUUUUCUUGCGUAAUCUUUUCCCGUUCUUGAACGUUUUCCGUAUGGUUUUGUACAGAUAUUCUUAAUCUGAUGUCUGGGUUGAUAUUGUACACAAGAUAAACCGGCUCCAAAAAAAGAUCAGUUUCAUAAGUAGUAUAAUGUACAAUGCAAUAUCAUAUAUAGCAUACAAAGUUCUAUCUGUUCUAC